AUGGGUAUUCUCGACAAGAUCAAGGACAUUGAGGCGGAAAUGAACCGCACUCAGAAGAACAAGGCCACUGAGCACCACAUCGGUCUCAUGAAGGCCCGUUUGGCCAAGCUGCGCGCUCAGCUGCUGGAGCCGACGGGCAAGGGCAAGGGAGGCGGUGAGGGCUUUGCCGUCACCAAGUCGGGAGAUGCUCGCGUGGCCAUGAUCGGUUUCCCGUCCGUUGGUAAGUCGACGCUGCUGUCGAUGUGCACAGAGACCAAGUCCGAGGCGGCCGCCUACGAGUUCACCACCCUUACCUGCAUCCCGGGCCGGCUCGAGUUCAACGGCUCCAACAUCCAGCUCCUCGAUCUUCCCGGAAUCAUCGAAGGCGCCGCCCAGGGCAAGGGUCGCG